AUGCCCACACCCAGCAGAGACCACAUCCUGGCAGAGACCACUGGGGCACAGACCCAGUGGAAGCAGAACAAGGACACUGGCCCUAUCGGUCAACACUACGAAGAGGAGAAAAGGGCCCUGAGCCAUGAGAUUGUAGCCCUCAACAACCACCUCCUAGAAGCCAAGGUGACAAUAGAUAAGUUGUCAGAGGACAAUGAGCUCUAUAGGAAGGACUGCAAUCUAGCCGCUCAGCUGCUUCAGUGCAGCAAGACCUACGACAGGUCCCACACGGUGUCGGAGCUGCCGUCUGACUUUCAGGAGCGGGUCAGCCUCCACAUGGAGAAACAUGGCUGCGGCCUGCCGGCCCCCCUCUGCCACCCGUCCUUUGCUGACACCAUCCCCACGUGUGUCAUUUCCCAGGUCCUGGACAAGCCUGAACCUAGCAGCCUGUCCUCUCACCUGUCCAAUGCCUCCGCCAGGGACCUGGCCUUCCGGGAGGUAGCUGAGAAAGCCAGCCCUCGGACCCAGUUCAAGUCAGACAUUUACUGUAGCGACACAGCCCUCUACUGCCCUGAGGAACGGCGGAGGGACCGCCGGCCGAGCAUGGACAUGCAGGUGAAGGAUGUGGGCUUUCUUCGGUCCCAGCACUCCACUGACAGCACAGCCGAGGAAGACGGCUUCCACUCUAGCUUCUCCCAUGAGGCCUUCCCUGAAUACGUCGCCUCCCUGCCCACCUCCAGCUCUUAUUCCAGCUUCAGUGUGACCUCGGAGGAAAAGGAGCAUGCCCAGGCCAGCACGCUGACGGCUUCUCAACAGGCAAUCUAUCUGAACAGCCGGGAUGAGAUCUUCAACCGACAGGCGACCGCGGCCUAUGAGCGGCCCUGCAGCCCGUGCUUUGCCACAGUCCAGGCCCCGCAGCAUGUGGAGCUGGGCCCCGAGGGGCAGGCCACACCCCCCUUUGUCAGGACGCUGUCCCCAUAUGCUGGAGAUCCCUUCCGCUUCCCUGCCACCCUGGAGGCCCAGCAGGCCCUGGUGGCCCAGAAGCUUCGCAGUGAAAGCCGCGGUGCCCACCGCUCAGACGAGGAGCUGCCAGGCCGGUGGCGGUCUCUGACCGUUGAGGACAUCGGUGCCUACUCCUAUCCUGAGGCUGGCCGCAUCUCUCCCCACAGCUUCCCUGAGCAGUACUUCACUGGUAGCCCUGGCAAGAAGGCAGACAGCAGGGCCAGCCCCAUCUACCCAACCUACAAAGCAGACAGUUUCUCAGAGGGAGAUGACCUCUCCCAAAGCCAGCUGGUAGACUCCUGCUUCCUUCCUGAGGACAGCAACAUGAAUCUGAACAUAAGCCCUGGCCGCCCACCGGACCAACUGCCUGCCUACGCACCCAGUGAGGCUGGUAGUGAGAGGCUCACAGUUCAGAUGUGUGGGGAUGGCAGGGUAAGCCCUGUCCCUGAGGGAAGUCCCAGACUGGGUGGCAGCUAUGCCAAUGUGAGCCCUGCAAGCUCAGCUGGCUCCCUGGAGCCAAGUUCCAUGGAAGCAUCCCCAGAAAUCCACCUGUCUUCCAAGGAGCCAGGUCUCCACCCAUCCAUCCACAGCAAACAGCAACAGUUUCAACGGACUCCGAGUACCGGCCUGAGCCGGAAGGACAGUCUGACCAAAGCACAGUUCUACGGGACCCUUCUCAACUGAGCCUCCCCCAGAAUGCAAUAAGGAUCACAUAUGGAAUGCUUGGGCCACAAAUCCCAGAGUCCAGAGAGAGAGAGAG